GAGCCAAUCACAAAGCUGCGUGACCAUUGACGGAUUUCCGAAUCAACCGUAGCAGAAAAGCCAAUACUUUGUUUACGUACCGCCGGAUCGCCGCUGACAGCCGCAGCAGAGCACAAGAGCCUGCGCGCCUCGUCUGGUUGGUUGUGGCUUCGGAAACUUUGAGCUAAGUCUGGACUAUGGGGGUGUUCUGCUGAAUGAAGCAGAGCCGCUGAAUGCCGACGGGAGGAUGAACUCCAUAACCGGUCGGGUCCUCUCUAUUGCCCCCGCUUCUUCUGUCACCAACUCUGGAGCCUCAUCCUCUCGAGCCUUGCACGUUGAACUCACAUCCCAGCAGAGACGGCUGCGUCAUCUACGGAGUAUUGCUGCCAGGAACAUAGUCAACAAGAAUGGCUCUCCUCUGCUGGACACGUAUUUCACCCUCCACCUCUGUGUAGGGGGUCGCAUCUCUAGAGAUUUUUACAAAAGUGAAGUCAUUCGAGACUCCCUGAACCCAACCUGGCGGAGCCUGGACUUUGGCAUGCUCCCAGACUUACUGGACACAUCAGUGUCUUGCUUCAUGGUCAGGAUCUGGGGGGGCCAGAAGGAACAGUACCACCUCCUUAUUGAAUGGAAGGUCAAUCUAGAUGGACUCCGAUACACAGGACAGCAGAUUCGUUCCAGAAAUCCGAAUGAGAUCAUAUUUGGGUUGAAUGAUGGCUACUACGCCGCUGACUUUGACCGCAAGGAUCAGUCAGAGCAGAAGAACUACAGCCUUCUUCAGGUAGACCAGAGUUCAGUCAGGAACUCCUACAGCGUUUUCUCUUUGCUCAGGCUUCACACAGCACAGAAAGCCAUCAAGCAGACUCAAGUGACUGUGCAAAAGAUUGGGAAGGAAAUAGAAGAACGACUGAGGACGACGGCAACCUGCACGGAUCGGAAGAAGGAGCGGGAGUGUAUGCAGCUGCAUAUAGCGGUGCUGCGCUGCGAGCUGCAGAGACAGAGGAAGGCGCUCGCCAGAGAAAUUGACAUUCGACAGAAAGACAGACUACAACUGCAGAAAAAAGAUGAAGAGUUUUUAGUGAAGCAACAGAGUCUUAAAGAGGAAAGAGACUCUUUAACCAGCAUGCAGAAGGAGUGCACUGCCAAAAGAGAGCAGUUCCUCAAGUCAAACGCCCAGCUGACCUUCCGCUGUCGUCAGCUCCUUUCUGAGCUCUCGUACAUCUACCCCAUUGAAAUGGUCAACCAGUCAGAUUAUGUCAUCUGUGGAGUCAAACUGCCAAACUCUGAGGACUUUCAAGUGAAAGAUGAUGGGAGUGUUGCAGUCGCCCUGGGUUACACAGCACACCUGGUCUUGAUGAUCUCGUGCUUCCUACAGAUUCCUCUCCGGUAUCCAGUGAUCCAAAAAGGCUCACGCUCCUCUAUCAAGGACACCAUUACUGACAGACUCUCGGAGAGGGAGAGAGAAUUCCCUUUGUAUCAUCGAGGAGAACGGUUUCAUUUUGAAUACGGCGUCUACUUACUGAACAAGAACAUUGCACAGCUGAGAUAUCAGCACGGCCUGACCACUCCAGACCUGCAGCAGACUCUGCCCAACUUGAAGAACUUCCUGGAACAUGGCUUGAUGGUGCGAUGCGACAGACAUCACAUCUCCACCUCAAUCCCAGUGCCCACCAAGUCCCAGCUGGGUGUGUCCGCCGUCUCGGAAAUCAGCUACUCUGGCCACACCAGCCCCCCCGACCGAGGGCUGAGAAAAAGGGCGAGCUCGGAGGCCGAGGCCCAGCCAAAGCUCAAGCCGGCCCCUUCCUCCAGCUACAACACAGCCAGUGAGGUGCAGCCCCCGCCUCCGACGGGCUCCAAAGACCUGCCCUCUCCUCUGGAAACCACUGUGGUCACACUGAAGCAGGCUGAUGCUUCAGAGGCCAGGAAGAGGGACCAGGAAGAAGGGGGCGGGGUCAAACCCAAGAAGGAGACUGAAGCGGACAAGGAGCACGUAUCUGAAGAGCAGCAACACAGCCCCACCUCUGCAUCCACCUCCUCCACAACACAAAAAGUCAGCACAGUCCAGAACAUGAGUGUGACAAAUGGCUCCGUAGUACCGGGACAGGCACCCGUCAGUGUGGUCUCAGAACUGUGUUGUUCUGUGGAACGGGCCGAGGAGAUCAUGGGCACAGAGGCCACCAGCUUGGGCCUGGGCUUGGGCCUGGGCCUGGGGUUAGGCUUAGCGGAUGGAGGCCGGCCUGAAGACUACCGCUGCAUCCCUGUGGAGCACGCAGUGGCUGUGGAGUGUGACGACCACGUGUUGGGCGAGCUGGACGUGGCGGGUUUAGAAGAGUUCUCUAGGCGCAUCUAUGCACUGAACGAGAACAUGUCCAGCUUCCGCCGGCCGCGAAAGAACUCUGAUAAGUGAGACAGAGGCACUGAGGUGAAAGCAACCGAGGGAGAGCGGGAGAUUUGAAAGUGAGACUGAAAAACGGGGACCGUUGGCUCCCUGCCUGCAGGAUCACAGUUCUUACUGGCUGUUUUGCACUUACUGUAAGCAUUUCCAUACUAAUCCUUUCAAUGAAAACAAUCCAAAGUUUCAACCAAGGGGCAGCAAGAUGAUAGUCAUGUUGAUUUCAGCAAUAUUGUUUGAACACAGAUUUCCUUAAAUCGUACAUGGAUUGGGCCCAUUAAAGCAUCAUGUUUAUUCAUGUGUUGUUGAUUGUUUUGACGUUGUAGGGGACCAUUAACACCACUCACCUUUAUUUUACUAUUCCUAACUGGAAGGUUCUUCUAAUCUUGGAUGUCGGCGAGCACUCCUCCUCUGCUGUGCUCUCCUGUUGAGCUGUUGUUUUUGUAGCUGGCGGUUCCAGCAUUUCCACAGUGGGUUGGUUUUUUUUUUACUUUUCAGGGUGCCUGCCGGUGAGCUUGUGCCGGAGACGUUAUUUGGACGUGUGUAUGUGUGGCACUGCACAACAGCAUGCAGUUAAAAUAAUCCCACCAAUGAGCUUUAAACACAGCGGGGUUUGUUUUUACAAAGUGAGGCGGCAGCUGGAACCAGUCACUCAGUCAGACUUCCAGUGCAAGACUCGUUUCAUCUCAUCCACUCGGACAGGCUGAGCUUUUCCCUCUUCUGAGGACGACAGGGGGGUUGGAUUACACACAAAAUGGCAGGGAAAUGGUGCAAUUGUGUCUUUAUCUUUCUUUUUUUCGUUUCCUCCAUCUCUAUCCAAUGUGUUUUCCUAAUUUCUAAUGUGUCGUCGUUCUUUACCUGUUCUCUGAUGUUGUGCGUCCUCGCCAGGUUGUUAAUGAGCGUCUUUAAUCCCAGUCUGUGAAUUAUGCUGGCGUCUCCCUGUUAACGCUUUCUUGCACUGAUGAUCUGUUAUUUUUUUUUUUUUUUGUAUUAUUUAUGUCUGUUCCAAUGAAAAUCAAUACAUAUUUUAUUCCUUAGCAACGUAAGUUGUCAGCGUUUGAGAGUUUUAUUUUAUUUUUAGGCUCUGUCGGUGAUCAGUGGUCCAGCUCCACCAUGAUGACGCGGCCCCUCCACUGACAUGUGGUUGCUGGGAAGAAAUGUAUUUAAAAAAAAAAUAAAAAAAAGAAUCAGUUCAGAUUGUUUCCAUAAACUGCUUUACAGUUCAGUGACCUUGUACAUAAACUUUUGUAUGGCAGACUUUUUUUGCUAUUAAAAGGUUUGCAGCUCAAAAGCUCAUGGUGGAUGUUCUGCCUG